GCAGAUAUACAUAGCUGCAGAUAUACGGAGAGAGACUGUGUUGAUGUAGAAUGUGAAGAUGCCGUCGGGGAAGUAUUAUUGCGAUUACUGCGACAAGGAGUUUCAGGAUACUCUUGUCGCCAGGAAACGCCACUUGCAGAGCAAGCCUCAUCUCCGCGCCAAAUCCCUCUGGUUCUCUUCUCUCUCCGAUCCUAAUCCCCGAGGUCCCCACACUCUCCCCAGAGGAUUCUGCGAUCGGUUCGUUUCCUGGGGUUUUUGUGGAUUUGGGGAUUCUUGCAAGUACUUGCACCCGAAGCACAUUCCAGCAGUUGCAGGAUUCACCGGUUCACAGACGCAGAUUGGGCUGAAUAUUCAACGGACACCAGGAAGUGAAUACAUUAGCGGACUAUCGACAACGGGAUGGGGAGACCUUCCACCGUCGUUGCAGCCUGCUCCUGAGUCGGGAUAUCCUCGGCUUCCCUCCGUGGACUGGGGUUGAAUAAAGACCCUCGCUUGCUCUUCUUCCCUUUCAUCACAUCUCUUUCUGCAGUCUCUGUAAAGAUCCAAAUAUAGAAUUGCAUUUACGGUGAUCUGUAGCAAGAAUUAGGGGAUGGGUGUAUGAAUAUCCGAAAAUCGGGUAUCCGUGGUUACCGGGUUGAUGGCAGCCCGGGACAGUGUAAUUUUUAUGAAUCUUUGACAAUUUGUAUCGGAUUUCAAUACAAACCUGAUUUUUCGGGUAGGAAAACAGCGUGUGGAUAUCUCGUGUUUACAGAUUCAUCAUCACUUUCAUUGUCAGAUGAAACCAAACCGAAGAAAUUAAAAAAAAAAAAAA